AUGAAAGCUUGGGCUUCUAUGAAGAUCUUCCUGAUUUACAAGUGUCUUUUACUCAUGAAGGUAUCCUACUCUUCAUUGAUUUCAAAGAAGGAAACCACUAAUUCAAUCUCAGAUUUUAACCUUCAUCAAUACAAUAUUUGGAAGGGGCUCCAAAUAUCUCUGGAAAAUCUCUAUGAAACACAAAAGACAUCCAAGAAGGAUUCAAUCCCUGUUGGCUCUAUUGCCAUACCUGGUUUUUCAUUUUUUGAACAUCAGCCAGGAAGCCUUGGAAUGUCAGAAGUCUCAAAGCCAUCUUGCAAGGACCCAAGGGGGUCCAAUUUUCCCAACAAGAUAGUGAGACUUCCCUCAAGGGCACCAAACAGGUCAGCAAGACAUGUAAUUGAAGGAAAAAAAUCUGUACCUCCGACUCAAAGUUUUAACCAGAAAGAAGAUGAGAUCCCAUCAACCUCAUAUUUGGAAUUUCAGAAAACCAUCAGUCAUGCCGCCACACCUAGUUUGUUUACCAACAGAGGUAAAGAUGACCUGCCAAUCCAAGUGAGUUCACACCAGUUGCUGAAAAACAAAGUGAAGGAAGUUUCAACACCUCCUGAAGUUGUUGUUCCAAGUAAUAUCAAGAAAGAGAUCAACCUGGAUGUAAAUAUUAAUGAACAACAGAAAAAAACAAACAACAAUUCUAUUGAACAGAUAUCAGGAGAUAUUCAAGGGCAGGGAUUUGAGACCAAAUAUGAUUUGAAUGACCCAAAACAAUGUAAAAGCAGUGGAGAAGUUCACCAAAAAGAAAUUGUCUCAGAGUCAGAAAAGGGAUCAAAGGAUGUGGGAGACCAAGGAAUUUUGAGAUUUCCUAAAGAUUUGAAAGAAAGAUGGGUUGUCAAAGGAAAACUUCAUGCUCUGCAGUCAAAAUCCCCACCAAAGAAAUCUGUUGUGGCAGAGAACACCACCAAAGUUGAGGAUCUGAGUCUUGUGACAAAUGAAAUUAUUCCCAAUGAUCAGAAAAAGAAGGUAUCCAAAGGAAUCCCUGAAAGCCAGAUUAUCAAGAGUUCAGUUGUGGAUACAUAUCCAAUGAGAUCAAGGACCAGAAGUUCACAGAAGAAUUUGUCAAUCAGACCACUAAAGCAUUCCCUCAAUCAAGCUUCACCAUUCCAGUCAGCUUCUGAAAGGUCCUUGGAUUUGCCACAGGAAAACUUCACAAACAAGGAAGAGAUAAUUGGAAAGGAGAUGGAAAGGAAUGCUAGAGAAGAUGUAAAUAUCUCCUCACUGGAUGUUGAUAUAUUCAAGAAUGAAGGGAUAAACAAAGAGGAAGAGAAUGCUAUAGAAGAAGGAAAAAAUAUCUUCUCACUGGAUGUUGAUGUAUUCAAAAAUGAAGGGAUAAAAGGUUUGGAAGAAAUUCCCUCUUAUGAUCAAAAUAAUACCAAGUAUACAUUGUCUCAGGCUUUGAGUAGAAAAGAAGAAAGAGGAAAGGUCCUGAAGCUAAUGUCUAAAAAGCUCAAGAAUCCAAGGAAAAAGGGUCCUAGUAAAAGAAUAUCAAUGGAUCCUGAGCAGCAAACUUCAGCAUCUGCAAACUUGCAUUCACAGGAACUCAUACCCCCAAUGACUCAGAACCAGAUUGAAGAAAUCAAAGAACAGCUGUUCAAGAUUCCUGAAUUGGUUUUUCUGAAAUAUGCCCUUAAUUUUGACAACAAACAAAAGAAUAUCAAGAUCAAUGUGACAGAUGUUCACUUUAAAUAUGUCCAACACAAGAAAUUCCUGGUUGCAAAAGACAGUUGGCUCAUACCUAUUCAUGCUUUCCAGGAUAUGUUUGGUGACAUAGAAGAGUCUCAUAGGAGAGUAUUAGAAUUGCAUGCACAAUGUGUUGAAAGACAAUGUGUUUACAAUUUUGAGUAUGAAAAAAUGGCACUUCCACCUGCUUCUUAUGCACUUGGAAAGCUACUGAAAUUUGAUAAAUUAUUUCCAGACUUUCUUGAUUAUGGAAAAGGUAGAUGGAAAGAAUUCCUUUCAAUUUUAGAAAACCUGGAUACAGAAAAGAUGCAACACCUUAAUUUCAACUAUGGACAUCUGUUGGAAAAGAGGAGAGCAUUAAUCUUUAUGAUGACUUAUGAUGACACCUAUAGAAAUUCAAAGUUUGUGAUGGAUGCUUUAUCCAGUGGAAUCAUACAUCAAGGAGCCAUUUUAUCAUUGAUGGGAGCCAUAUCUGAUGCACUUGAUUUAUCAUCAGAAAACGUGAACUGGAAAGCUUUGAAGAAGGCUGAAAUUGCAAGUAAAGUAAAAAAAUUGAUCAACACCAUGAAUGGAAGGAUAACUUUGCAAAAAAAUGCUACUUUCUAUGUCUAUGAUCAUUCAUGGGUAGAGGAGUAUACAAGGACUUUUUUUGUUGCUGAAAAGGGAAAGAUAUCCAAAAUCUUCCAGGAACGAUUGAAGAUGUUAGCAAUGCUUUCGGAUGAAAUGGGAAUAAAAGCAUCAGAAGUGGCAUCUAGUAAAGAUGGUGAUGGAACACAAACUUUGACUGCAGGGGAAGUAUUGAUUGCAACACAUGUUGGCUUGAAAGCCGAGUUUCUAAUAGAAUUCAAGGCAUGGCUCAAAAGCAAUCUCAAUCAGGGUAGGAAGAGUUUGCGUGUAGUGGGUAAUUGGGAUCGCAGUGUCCCAAAAAAGUGUUUGAAGAAGUCACACUUAUUUGGGGAUUACUAUCAGUACAGGAAGGAGAAGAUCAGUGGUCUAGAGAAUUGGAAUAAAUUACAUCCUAUUUGUGAAAUGUAUAGGGAGACACUAAGGAGUGCAAAAGAUAGAUUGAAUGUAGAUCAUCUGGAUGCAUCAAUAGAAGGUUCUUUGAGAUACCUUCAAUCCUAG